AUGCCUAUUUCGCCUACUAUUAGCCCUAUAAAGCUAGUUAUAGGCCCAAGGCUGACGCAAUAUUACUUCGCUGGCUGGACUAAGCCCUCGGAUUGCGGUAACCCGGCGAGCUCCCCAACCCCCAACUAUUGUACCCAAGUCGUAGUUGUAGCUGUGGUCGCGUGCGGCGGCUAUAAGCGAUAUUAUAAGAACAAUAAGGCUAAGGCUACGGUUAAGCCUAGAGAUUCCGAGUCCGAUGACGAGCUUUUAACCCCGAGGCGGUCUAAGAAAGUAGUGGAAAAUAUAGUAAAGAGGGUUACAGCAUUGCGCUUCCAAUGCAACCUAAUCCUCCUAAGACCCCCGAUAAUAGCCGUAGCGGUAGUAAAAGCGCUUUAA